AUGGAAACACUUUUACCCGCGCUAGAUUACCUUUGGCGCCCUCUAUCCUCGUGUCUUGUUAUGGAUUCAUCCGCAAAGGUUGCUAAGAAAGCUGAUAAGCCGCAAAGACCACCUCCUUGCGCAGUCAAAAAAAAUACUUCUGCGAAAAAAUUGUUGGAGCGCAAAAGCCAUGUUGCGCGUGUUAAUCGUAGGAGAGCUAAAGCAGGCCUGCCAAAAGUUAAGGCUGUCAAGCCAUUCAAGCCUCGCGCCAAACCUCAAUCUAAACGGAGUGGGCGUUUUCCUAGAUGCUUUGUGACCCAGCAAGCUAAGACUAAGUUGCCUCUACGUAAAAUCAAGUGCUUUUCGAAGCACAAGAGGUCGCUGAGGCCAAGUAUUACUCCUGGAACAGUACUUAUUCUCCUAGCUGGGCGUCACAAAGGGAAGCGUGUGCUAUUCUUAAAGGCAUUAAGUAGUGGCCUAUUGCUAGUCACAGGUCCAUUUAGGUGCAACGGUGUCCCGCUUCGUCGGGUUAGUGCUGCAUAUGUUAUUGCAACAAAAACGGCGGUAGAUAUUUCGAAUGUCAAGAUACCAGCUCAUUUGAAUGACAGCUAUUUUAAAAGGGUUCAGCUCGCACCUUCGAAAGAUUCUGUUGAUAAGCUAUUCCCUGAAGAACCUAAAAUUUAUACGGUGUCAUCCAAGCGACGCGAAGACCAGAAGUCUAUUGAUCGUCAAUUGGUGCAGGCGAUUUUGAAACAUCCAGAAUCAAAGUACUUGCUACGCUAUCUGUCUUCCCUGUUCUCCUUGAGUCGGACAGAUUAUCCUCAUAAGAUGAUAUUCUAA